UUUGCGCAGGGACUGGCGGGACUGCGUGGCGGCGUCAACAGUCAUGUUGGGCGUCCGGAGCCUGUCGUGGCUGCUGAGCGCUCGGCGCCUGGCGCUGGCCAAGGCGUGGCCAACAGUGUUGCAAACAGGAACCCGAGGUUUUCACUUCACUGUUGAUGGGAACAAGAGGGCAUCUGCUAAAGUUUCAGAUUCCAUUUCUGCUCAGUAUCCAGUAGUGGAUCAUGAAUUUGAUGCAGUGGUGGUAGGCGCUGGAGGGGCAGGCUUGCGAGCUGCAUUUGGCCUUUCUGAGGCAGGGUUUAAUACAGCAUGUGUUACAAAGCUGUUUCCUAUCAGGUCACACACUGUUGCAGUGCAGGGAGGAAUCAACGCUGCUCUGGGGAACAUGGAGGAGGACAACUGGAGGUGGCAUUUCUACGACACCGUGAAGGGCUCCAACUGGCUGGGGGACCAGGAUGCCAUCCACUACAUGACAGAGCAGGCUCCCGCCGCCGUGGUUGAGCUGGAAAAUUACGGCAUGCCGUUCAGCAGAACUGAAGAUGGGAAGAUUUAUCAGCGUGCAUUUGGUGGACAGAGCCUCAAAUUUGGAAAGGGCGGGCAGGCCCAUCGGUGCUGCUGUGUGGCUGAUCGGACCGGCCACUCACUAUUGCACACCUUAUAUGGAAGGUCUCUGCGAUAUGAUACCAGCUAUUUUGUGGAGUAUUUUGCCUUGGAUCUCCUGAUGGAGAACGGGGAGUGCCAUGGUGUCAUCGCACUGUGCAUAGAGGACGGGUCCAUCCAUCGCAUAAGAGCAAAGAACACUGUUGUUGCCACAGGAGGUUACGGGUGUACCUACUUUGCCCACACCAGCACCGGCGACGGCACGGCCAUGAUCACCAGGGCAGGCCUUCCUUGCCAGGACCUAGAGUUUGUUCAGUUCCACCCCACAGCCAUAUAUGGUGCCGGUUGUCUCAUUACGGAAGGAUGUCGUGGAGAGGGAGGCAUUCUCAUUAACAGUCAAGGCGAAAGGUUUAUGGAGCGAUACGCCCCUGUGGCGAGGGACCUGGCGUCUAGAGACGUGGUGUCUCGGUCGAUGACUCUGGAGAUCCGCGAAGGAAGAGGCUGUGGCCCUGAGAAAGAUCACGUCUACCUGCAGCUGCACCACCUGCCUCCAGAGCAGCUGGCCACGCGCCUGCCCGGCAUUUCAGAGACCGCCAUGAUCUUCGCUGGUGUGGACGUCACGAAGGAGCCGAUCCCUGUCCUCCCCACCGUGCAUUAUAACAUGGGCGGCAUUCCCACCAACUACAAGGGGCAGGUCCUGAGGCACGUGAAUGGCCAGGAUCAGAUUGUGCCCGGGCUGUACGCCUGUGGGGAGGCCGCCUGUGCCUCGGUACAUGGUGCCAACCGGCUCGGGGCAAACUCCCUCUUGGACCUGGUUGUCUUUGGUCGGGCAUGUGCCCUGAGCAUCGAAGAGUCAUGCAGGCCUGGAGAUAAAGUCCCUCCAAUUAAACCAAAUGCUGGGGAAGAAUUCAUGAAUCUUGACAAAUUGAGAUUUGCUGACAGAAGCAUAAGAACAUCAGAACUUCAACUCAGCAUGCAGAAGUCAAUGCAAAAUCAUGCUGCUGUGUUCCGUGUGGGAAGCGUGUUGCAAGAAGGUUGUGGGAAAAUCAGCAAGCUCUAUGGAGACCUGAAGCACCUGAAGACGUUUUACCGGGGAAUGAUCUGGAACACGGACCUGGUGGAGACCCUGGAGCUGCAGAACCUGAUGCUGUGUGCGCUGCAGACCAUCUACGGAGCAGAGGUGUGCAAGGAGUUGGGCACACAUGCCAGGGAAGACUACAAGGUGCGGAUUGAUGAGCACGAUUACUCCAAGCCCAUCCAGGGGCAACAGAAGAAGCCCUUUGAGGAGCACUGGAGGAAGCACACCCUGUCCUAUGUGGACAUCAGCACUGGGAAGGUCAGUGUGGAGUUCGUUCUCACCACAGCCCAGAACGCGCACGGCCCCGCCCAGGUUCGCGGGCUGACCUUGCUGAUGGUGAACGGGGAGGAGCAGGCUGGAUUUAAAUCAACUCCUGACAGAUUUGAGGCACCACUGAAAAAGGCACUCUGAUAGCAGUCAGGCUUCUGGCUGGAAACAGAAUCCAGUGCCUGCAAGUGGUUCAGAGGAGCCUUGAGGAAGUGUUGCUCCGUGGUGUGGGCCAGAUGGAAGUCACUGGGGAGGAGCAAGUGUCCAAGGCCUGGUGGCGGGGGAGGAGAGGAGGAUUGUGGACUUAGGGAGAAAGUCAGCGUCUAUGGGGUGGGGACACAGCCACUGCCAGAAACCAGUCCCAAGCCAAGGGAGCCCAGAAGAGACCCCUCCCCUCUCCUCCCUUGGGCUGGCCCAACCGGAAGCAUCUGCCGGGGAGCCGAGGGGAUGUGGUGCAGCCCUUAGCAUCCCCUGGGCACUGAGCACGCAGAGAAGGGAAGGGCAGAAAUUGAGGAGGGGUUGUGGUGAGCAGUGUCCUGGGAACAGCCAGCCAAGGGUGGGGUAGGGGGGUUGCAGCCUUGUUCCACACAAGCACAGUUCACCUGUGUGGCAUUUCCGCUGGGCAUUAAGAUUCAGAAAUAAUGAAGAUAGAAAAGCUUUUACGCUUAAGCUUUUCGUAGCUUGUAAGAGAUAGUCGUAUAAUCACUUAGCUGUGUCUGUGGAAGUUACCUUUGGACCCUCACUAUCAUCUAGUGUGUCUGUAAUUCAGGCAGUAGGUCAUUUUCAGGAUGUAUCAUGAAGGCCAUUUCCUGAUCGUAUAUAGAAAUCACACCUCAUUCGCUUAGCACAAGUCUAUUUUUAAUGUUUCCGGGUUCGGGUUUUUUGUUUUGUUUUUGUUUUUCUGAGAUAGAGUCUCAUCUCUGUUGCUCAGGCUGAAAUGUGGUGGCUCGAUCUUGUCUCACUGCAGCCUCAACCUCCCCCUGGCUCAGGUGAUCCUCCCACCUCAGCCUCCCAGGCACAUGCCACCAUGCCUGGCUAAUUUUUGUAUGUUUUGUAGAGAUGGGGUUUCGCCACGUUGCCUAGGCUAGUCUUGGACUCAAGUGAUCCACCUGUCUUGGCCUCCCCAACAGGCAUGAACCAACACGCUCAGCCAGUUUUAGUGAUUUCUCAAGAAAUACAUACUCAUUUCAGAAAGUACAGAGAGAUUGAAAUAAGAGCUCACUAACCAGAGACGACCCAUUAUGGUUUAAAUUUCUUUGUAUAUGUGCCUACCUUUUCCUGUGUGUGCAUUUUUAAUACACAGCCUGAGUAUUCCUUCUCUGAAAUCCUUGGGACCAGAAGUGUUUUGGAUUUCAGGCUUGUUCAGACUUUGGAAUAUCUGCAUGAUACUUACUGUCUGAGCAUCCCCAGUCGGAAGAUCUGACUCCAUAGCACAUUUCUUUUGAAUGUCAUGUUGGUGCUCUGAAAGCUUCAGAUUUUGGAGAAUUUCAGAUUUUUGGAUUAGGGAUGUUCAACCUAUGUAAAUAUUUACUUUGAACUGGAAGUGGGUAGUUUAAACAUAAAGUGUCUCAGUAUAGACAAAGGUUCUCCCACUUUUCAUGACCGAAGCAUUUUUGUAAAGCACUGAGAAUCUGGCACAGGGUCAUUUCGUUGCUAUGUUCUACUCUACGGAUCUGCCGCCAUUUACAGUCCCCUGUUGCACGUGUGGAACAUUGUUGAAUUUGUUAUCGGAAAAGACUGCGGCAAAUACCUUUAAGUUCCCAGGCCGUAAAUCUGCUGGUUAGGGACCGCCAGUUUAAAUAACCAAAUACUGAAAGAACUGGCAUAGAAGUAAAUGGGCUGUUGCUUUAUUUUUAGACUGUUCUUUUUAGAGAACAAUGACAAUUAUUUCCAAGUUUGUCAUUAGAAAAUAAUAUUAGGUUGGUGCAGAAGUAAUUGCAGUUUUUGCCAUUACUUUCAGUGGUAAAAGCCAUAAUUUUGCACCAACUUAAUAUGAUAAAUUUGUUCCUUAAAGUGUAUUUUUGGUAAGAAAAACCUUUUGUUUGUCCUUCUAUUAAUUUUUUGUCUUUUUCUUGGUAGAGACAGAGUCUUGCCAUGCUGCCCAGGCUGGAGUGCAGUGGUGUGAUCUCGGCUCACUACAACCUCCACUUCCCAGGCUCCAGCAAUCCUCCCGCCUCAGCCUCCCAAGGAGCUGAGACUACAGUUUACAGCCAGAGAACAACACAUCACGCAGAGGAAACAGUUGUGCUUAUGUGAUGGGGCCUCAGCACUAGGAAGGAGUGGACUGUUGGCACAUGCAGCAGCUUGAAUAAAUCUGAAAGUCACUAU